UUUCAUCUAGAAUCUCCAGGGUUACGAUGCAAAAUCUGACAUUUACAGCGUAGGGAUAACAGCCUGUGAGCUGGCAAAUGGACACGUACCAUUUAAAGACAUGCCUUCUACUCAGAUGCUCUUGGAAAAGCUGAAUGGAACUGUUCCCUGCCUGCUAGACACCACCACAAUUCCAGCUGAUGAGCUGACUAUGAAGACCUCCCGUUCAAGCGCUAACUACGGGAUGGGUGAGAGCAUGGCUAUUAGCAAUGUGAGAGCAGCCAACGGAGAGCCAACCCUGCACCCUUAUCUUCGGACCUUCUCCACCUACUUCCAUAACUUUGUAGAGCAGUGCCUCCAGCGGAACCCCGAUUUCAGGCCAAGCGCAGGCACCCUGCUUAAUCAUCCCUUUUUCAAGCAGAUCAAACGCCGCGCUUCGGAAGCACUCCCUGAACUUCUGCGCCCAGUCACCCCGAUCACCAAUUUUGAAGGAACACGGCCCCAGGAUCCCAGUGGCAUUUUUGGGCUGGUGUCAAACCUGGAGCAGCUGGAUGUGGAUGACUGGGAAUUUUAGAAAAACAGGGACUAUACCUGGUUCUGGAGGAGCUUUCUGGACAUUGUAAUUUAUUGGUCCUGUUCAUAAAA